AUGAAACUUCUGUACAUAUGUGAUACCAGAUUUCACACAUUUAACUCAAAAGAGAAAAAAUACAUAUUUAAAUAUAUGUUUUAUUCCUUGCAAGAUUUGCUUAAUAAUAGUAAAACAAGAGAUAUCAAAUUCUGGCUCGUGUGCAUAAAUCUAAUCGAUUAUUCAGAUGUUCUAAAUUUUUCUGAUCCGUUUGAUUAUGAAAAUGUAAAAAAAGCCAUAGACAAAAUAUCCCCUUACUUCUACUUAAAUAAUGAGCACUCAGUAGUAGGAAGUGAAGUAGCUGUAGACCCCUUAUUAGCCUUUUUAAAAGAACAUAAAAAUAUUGCAAAAAUCAAGAAAUGCGAUAAGGCUGCAAUUAUAUCAAGCAAUGUUCAUAUUUGGGAUGAUAAAAUUUCGGAGCUAAAAAUAAUAGGAAACAUAUUGAGUGAAUCCAUAUGUGAAAUUAAUUUUUUUAACGUUAUGAACGGGAUUAUUGAUGCUACAGGGAAAAUGCAAAAAAUCAGUUCCGAAUUGAGUAAAUAUUCAAACUUCUUUUUCAAGAAUAUAGAACUGAACAAAGUAAACAUUUUGCAAAUAUCAAAAGAGAUACUAGCCAUCAAAUUUACUGUUUCAAUUACCUUAAGUUUGAAAAACCAGCUAUUGCUGAAAUGUGAAGCAAGACCUUUAAUAAUAGAAGUAGGGCAUGAGGUUUACGUCAGUUUAAAUAAGUUAUCCGUUGAAUUUGACAUAAGAGCAAAAGCUUUGAAGGAUGGCAUUUCUCAGCAUUUAAUAUAUGGAAUACCUAUCUUUUUAAGCAGCCCAUUGUUACAAGAACAAAAUUUAAUUUCGCUAAGUUCUUUAUCAAAAGAGCUAUAUGAAAAUGAACAAGUACUAAUACUAAGAUCUAAUAUAAAUCCGACGGACCUAACAAUGCACGAAAAAGAAGUUCGAUUCUUGUGGGUAGGAACUCCUAUGAUUAAGGAGGAGAAGACAAUAGCCUUAUGUUUGCACGGAUUAGCAACACAAGAAACUUAUUCGCUCACUAUAGAAGAGUGUUCCAUGGAUAAUGAAAAAACAAUUGAUAUGAUAGAGGACACUACACUGAAGGAAAUGCUCCAUUUCCUAAUUCUGAUUGAAGAAUUUAACCCAUUACAUUAUAGUAAUGAAAGGUUAAAUUAUUCUUCCAAAUUCUCACGCAACUCGUUGAUAGAGUAUAUAAACAAGGGAAAAAAAUUUAAAAUCAGGAAAAAUAAAUUAACCCUUUUAAAAAACUUAACUGGUGAUAGUGCUAACACGAAAAAGGAGGGAACAAUGUUAUUAGCAAAAAAGAGUGAUAAUAUUUAUCGAAAAGACGACUUCAAAAAAAAAAAAAAAAUUAUUGAUCCAAGAUCUCUCCUUUUAGCUAAUAUGAAUAAAGCUUUUCAAAAAAAUAUUAUAUAA